AAAGAAUCUGGGGAAAUUUGUCAAUUCUCCCCACAGUACGUGCUCAUGGUCUUGUAUAUAGAUCACUGCCAGAUCUAUUCGUUCAACAAAGAACAGCGAGUAAGUCAGAAUUAGAACAUUGUCACUUUUGUGCUGAUUAUUUUGAUUGUGCAAUGUCUCUUUAUGUCGGCUGACCUUGAUAUCCUCAAAGUCUCUGCCUCGGCGCCGUAACGCUAGCUCGUGACCUUAGAAGGUGAAGGGCUGUGCUUUGUUUGGAACGUAUACACUCUCGCCCCAACUUUCUUUCCUUCAUACACCAUCCUACACAAAUAAGCAGUAACAAUGCACCUCUGCACACAUACUUGGAUGCGACCAGAGUCACUUGAAGAAACGCUGGCAAGGGCAAGUAAGUAUGGAUAUACAAGCAUCGAAUUAGCCGGCGAACCAGAAAAAUAUCCAAUCGAACAAACGCUUGCUUCAUUAAAGAAGUAUGGGAUGCAGUGUUGGGGAACGGUAACGAUCAUGCGUGCUGAACGUGAUCUUUUGACUCCUGAUCCCGUCCAAAGAGCAAAUACGAUUGCAUAUCAAAAACAAAUCGUUCAAAUGUCAGCUGAUUUAGGUGGUAAAAUUGUCACAAUCACACCAUCAAUAGGAGGAAAGAUUAAACCUUCUGCAAGCGUUGAAGAAGAAUGGAAAUGGGCAGUUGAAUCGAUCAAAGAAGUUUGUAAAUUUGCACAAACAAAAAGCAUAAAGAUUGCGAUUGAGCCUAUCAAUCGAUUUGAAACAUACUUUAUUAAUCGAGUAGAUGAAGCAAUUGCACUGGUGGAAGCAAUCCAAGAAAAUAAUUGCGGAAUUGCAAUUGAUACAUUCCACCUCAAUAUCGAAGAAACAAACAUGUUUGAAGCGAUUGAAAAAUGCGGUAAAUAUCUAUUUGACGUUCAUCUUGGCGAUAAUAAUCGUUCAGCACCAGGAGAUGGACGUUUAGAUUGGAAAAAGAUCAUCACCGCUCUGAAAGAUGUAGGAUAUACGGGAGCUCUAGCAAUGGAAGCCUGCCCACCGAUCGAUCGCACACCUUCCAGCCGCUGGACCGAGAUGGGCGGACAAUUGGAACGCUCGCCAAUCAGUGUCAGCGAUGAAGAACUUCAAUUUUUGCAAGAACAUGCUUCUGGAGUUUUAUCGGAAACAUCCUAUACCCACAUAGUGAAGAGGACGGCCGAAACGAUCUUGCCUUUGAUACAGGAGUCUCACUGAUAAUUCUAUUCUGGGAACGAUGAGAGGCACCAGGAGCGUCUGAGAACGCAUCUCCCAUUAGUC